AUGUACGUCAAGCAAAUUAUCAUCCAAGGCUUUAAAAGCUACAAAGAUCAGACGGUUAUCGAACCGUUCUCUCCCAAGCACAAUGUGAUUGUCGGUCGCAAUGGUUCCGGCAAAAGUAACUUCUUCGCCGCUAUUCGGUUCGUCCUCAGUGAUGCCUAUACUCAUAUGGGUAGGGAGGAGCGACAGGCUCUACUACACGAAGGGUCUGGCUCCGCAGUCAUGUCGGCUUACGUCGAGAUCAUCUUCGAUAACUCCGACGACCGAUUUCCCACAGGGAAGCCCGAGGUGGUGCUUCGUCGAACGAUCGGUUUGAAGAAAGAUGAAUAUACCCUUGAUCGCAAAAACGCGACAAAGAAUGACGUGAUGAAUCUGCUCGAGUCCGCCGGUUUCUCGCGAUCGAACCCUUACUACAUUGUUCCCCAGGGUCGAGUUACGGCUUUGACUAACAUGAAAGACUCUGAACGUUUGAACCUUCUCAAAGAAGUCGCAGGAACCCAGGUGUACGAAGCGCGCCGUGCGGAAUCCUUGAAAAUCAUGCACGAGACCAACAGCAAGCGAGCGAAAAUCGACGAGCUUCUGGACUUCAUUAACGAACGACUUGCCGAGCUGGAGGAAGAGAAAGACGAACUUCGAAACUAUCAAGACAAGGACAAGGAAAGAAGAUGCUUGGAAUAUACUAUUUAUUCUCGCGAGCAACAGGAAAUUGCUGGUGUUCUCGACAGCCUUGAAGAGCAGAGGCAAACCGGCGUCGAAGAUACAGACAUGAACCGUGACCGCUUCAUUCAGGGUGAGAAGGAUAUGGCUCAGAUUGACGCAGAAAUCGCGGAGUGCAAGCAGCAGAUCGAGUUCCUGAAAGUGGACAAAUCUCAACUGGAAGAUGAACGCCGUGAAGCCUCGAAAGCUCUUGCGCAGGUCGAACUGCAAGCCAAAUCGCUCUCUGACAACCAAGUUGCUGCGCAGUCAUUGAAGGCGCGUCGGGACGAAGAUUUGCAAUCCGUUCAGGCUGCAAUUCAAGAGCGUGAAAGCGAACUCCAGGAACUCAUUCCUCGCUUCAACUCUGCUAAGGACCAUGAAGACAAUGUUAAGGCGCAGCUCAAUGAAGCUGAGACAUCACGCCAACGACUAUACGCCAAGCAGGGCCGAAAUUCACGAUUCAGGAAUAAGUCGGAGCGGGACAAGUGGCUCAACGCGGAAAUCAAGGAAAACUACAACUCUGUCUCGACAGUUCAGGGGGUGAUGUCGCAAACCCAGGAGGAUAUCAAGGAACUUGAGAGUGAUAUCGCGUCACUGGAGCCGGAAACUGAACGUAUUCGCAACCAAAUCGACGGCAGAGGAGACACGAUCCACUCAGUGGAGGAACAGGUCCAAUCUGCAAAGGACGAGAGAGACCGAUUAAUGGACCAGAGAAAAGAACUUUGGAGAGAAGAGGCAAAACUUGAUUCUGUGCUCUCAAAUGCCUCUCAGGAAGUCGAUCGAGCAGAUCGCAACCUUUCACACAUGAUGGAUCACAACACGAGUCGCGGAAUUGCUGCUGUCCGUAGGAUUAAGCGCCAGCACAACCUCGAAGGUGUAUAUGGGACGAUGGCCGAAUUGUUUGAAGUGAAUGAUCGAUACCGAACUGCUGUCGAAGUUACGGCAGGCCAGAGUCUGUUCCACUACAUUGUCGACACGGAUGAAACCGCUACCAAGGUUUUGGAGAUCUUGCAAAGCGAGAAGGCCGGGAGAGUUACAUUCAUGCCUUUGAACAGAUUGAGAAACAGGCCCACCAAUAUGCCCAGGGCAAGUGACACGAUUCCCAUGAUUGACAAGUUGCAGUUUGACCCUGCCUAUGAAAGAGCGUUCCAACAUGUGUUUGGCAAAACUAUCAUUUGUCCGAACUUGCAGGUUGCAUCUCAGUAUGCACGCAGUCAUGGUGUCAAUGCUAUCACCCCUGAGGGUGAUCGAUCUGAUAAGAGAGGUGCCCUUACCGGUGGUUUCCAUGAUUCUCGGUCAUCCCGUCUUGACGCAGUCAAGAACUUGGCAAAGUGGAGGGAUGAGCAUGAAACCAAAAAGAACCGUGGGUCGGAAAUCCGGAAAGAACUUGAAAAGCUGGAUCAAGUCAUCACUAGAGCUGUUGGUGAGCUGCAGAAGCUUGAGCAACAGAGACAGCAAGUACAGAAUAGUAGCGGGCCACUGCGACAGGAGUUGAGGAGCAAGCGCGACCUCCUUCAGAAGAAGAAUGACAACCUUGAUGCUAAACGGCGAGCUCUGCGGAACAUUGAGACAAACUUGGCUGCUCUGAGCGACCAGAUCAAAUCUUUCGAAGCCGAAUUGAGUUCGCCCUUCCAGAAAGCCCUCAGCAGUGAAGAAGAAGCACGCCUAGAGUCUCUCAGUGGUGAAGUCCAGGAACUUCGAAAACAAUACCAAGAACUCUCUGGCCAACGCAGCGAGUUGGAGGCCCGGAAAUCAAUCCUUGAGGUCGAGCUUCGAGAAAACCUCAACCCGCGUCUUGACCAACUUGUCGGCCAGGAUCUCGAUAUGGCGGAUGAUGACUCGCAAGGCAACUUGAAGGAGACACAGCGUGAAAUGAAACGCCUCAGCAAGAGCUUAGAAAAGCUCGGUCAGCGUCUCCAACAGGUUGACGAUUCAAUUGAGCAAGGCAACGCCCAGGUGGCUGAGCUGCAGCAAAAGAAUGCAGACACUCGACGAGAAUUGGAGGAUCUGGCGAAGUCGAUCGAGAAGCAUCAACGUCGCAUGGAGAAGAGCAUGCAGAAGAAGGCUGCCUUGACAAAGCAGGCUGCUGAAUGUGCUGCUAACAUCCGUGACUUGGGAGUUCUCCCAGACGAGGCUUUCACCCGGUACAAGAAUGCCGACUCCAACACAGUUGUCAAGAAGUUGCAUAAGACCAACGAAUCCCUCAAAAAAUACUCGCAUGUCAACAAGAAGGCGUUCGAACAAUACAACAGCUUCACGAAGCAACGCGAAACCCUCACCACGCGACGAGAGGAACUGGAUGCGUCUCAGAAAUCGAUCGACGACCUCAUUAGUGUGCUUGACCAGAGAAAAGACGAAGCUAUCGAACGAACGUUCAAGCAGGUGUCCCGCGAAUUCCACAAUGUUUUCGAAAAGCUCGUACCAGCAGGCCGUGGACGUCUGAUCAUCCAACGAAAGACCGACCGUGCUCUUCGACAGGAUGACGAGCUCGAUUCAGAUGAUGAACAAGCCCGGGAGAGCGUGGAGAACUACAUCGGUGUUGGUAUCAGCGUGAGCUUCAACAGUAAACAUGAUGACCAGCAGCGCAUCCAACAGCUAAGUGGUGGACAGAAGAGUCUUUGCGCCCUUGCCUUGGUCUUUGCAAUCCAGGCGUGUGAUCCAGCACCAUUCUACCUCUUCGAUGAAAUCGAUGCCAACCUCGACGCGCAGUACCGAACCGCUGUGGCACAGAUGCUCAAAUCCAUUUCAGAUGCGACCAACGGACAGUUCAUCUGUACCACCUUCCGUCCAGAGAUGCUACAUGUAGCCGAGAAGUGCUACGGAGUCAGCUUCCGACAGAAGGCCAGUACGAUUGAUGUCGUGUCGAGAGAAGAAGCACUUAAGUUUGUUGAAGAGCAGAAGUCAUAG